AUGCCGGUCUCUCUGAACCAAACCAAGAUUGUUAAGAAGCGAACCAAGAAGUUCUCUCGUCAUCAGUCUGACAGGUACAAGAAGAUUGAUGCCUCCUGGAGAAAGCCCAAAGGUAUUGACAACAGAGUUCGUCGCCGUUUCAAGGGCCAAAUUGCCAUGCCCAAGAUUGGUUACGGAUCUAAUGCCAAGACUCGUCACGUUAUGCCCAACGGCUUCAAAAAGUUCCUCAUCAACAAUGUUCAGGAUCUUGAGCUUCUUCUCAUGCACAACCGUGUCUUUGCUGCCGAGGUCGCCCACGGUGUUUCUUGCAGAAAGCGUGCUCUCAUUGUUGAGCGUGCUCAACAGCUUGAUAUUAAGCUUACCAACGCUGGCGCUAGACUGCGCACUGUUGAGAACGAAUAAACUGGAAUAAACUCCUUUUUUGUAAGCACCAGC